AUGAAGCGCUCCAGAAAAAUAUUAGCUCGUAUUUUCGAAGAAAAAGAAGAAAAUUAUGAUAUUGCAUCCAACGGCACAAGCAAAAAUCAAAAGAUUUUCCCUCCUGGUAAGAAAAUCAAAGUUUUAGAAGAUAUAAAGAUUCCAUCACGUUCAGUUAAAACUACAUCACCUGGGCCACAUACUUUAAUUUGCCAGACAACUACAAGCAAAAUAAUUAAUCCAGGAAAGAAUACAUAUGAAAGUCCUUCUACUAGCAACAAAUAUGGAACAUUACAGAAUGUCUCUUUUCCUGGGAGUUCGAGUGAAGCUGGCUCACUUAGUGACUUAUCGUAUAAUAAUUUAUUAAAAAUUGAUUGCAACCUGACACCAGAAUCUAUAAAAGAAUUAUUGUCUACGCCAAAGUCAAAUAAACAGCAAACUUUAAGACACCCAUCAUAA